CCCCCUAGCAAAGGAGUGCGGCGCUUGGUUCCCCUAGCAACCGGGCUCAGCGAGGAGGUGCCGGCUGCGUACAGUGCCGGCGACUCUGAGAGCCCGCGGCCGAGAGGCUGCGGGAGGACUUGACCUUUUCCCGGAGGAGCCCGCCGGCCGCCCCACCUGGAAGAGAGCGCGCAGGCCCCUGGCAUCCCCUCCCGGCCGCACGCCGAUCAGGGCCUUCAGGCCUUGUGGGGAGAGAAGCUGAGGAAGCCUUCCCUUCGGGCGCAUGCCCCAGAGAGACCUUUGAGGUCCCACCCCCGGCCUCCGGGCCAGAGAGAGGUCCAGUUGAUCCCAAGGUCUUGUUUCACAGGACAAUUCAGGAUCUGUUUCUCUGUGAGGAGGUGUAAGGUUCUCUGCUGCUUUCCCCGCCCACCACAACACUAUUGUCAGAGAGGAUGAACCGGCUGUGCAACAUGGAGCCCAGGGUGAUGGAUGAUGAGAUGCUCAAGCUGGCCGUUGGGGAGCAGGGCCCGCGAGACGAGGCUGGGCAGCUGGCCAAGCAGGAGGGCGUCCUCUUCAAGGACGUCCUGUCCCUGCAGCUGGACUUCCAGAACAUCCUCCGCAUCGACAGCCUCUGGCAGUUUGAGAACCUGCGGAAGCUGCAGCUGGACAACAACGUCAUCGAGAAGAUCGAGGGCCUGGAGAACCUCACACGCCUGGUCUGGCUGGACCUGUCCUUCAACAACAUUGAGGCCAUCGAGGGGCUGGACACGCUGGUGAACCUGGAGGACCUGAGCCUGUUCAACAACCGGAUCUCCAAGAUCGACUCGCUGGACGCGCUGGCCAAGCUGCAGGUGCUGUCGCUGGGCAACAACCAGAUCGGCAACAUGAUGAACAUCAUCUACCUGCGGCGGUUCAAGGACCUGCGGACGCUCAGCCUCUCGGGGAACCCGGUCGCCGAGGCCGAGGACUACAGGACGUGCAUCUGUGCCUACCUCCCCGACCUGGUGUACCUGGACUUCCGGCGCAUCGACGACCAAAAGAAAGAGCUGGCGGAGAUGAAGCACCAGUACAGCGUCGACGAGCUGAAGCACCGGGAGAGCCUGAUGCAGGCCCGGCUGGAGGACGAGCGGGCCCGGCGGGAGGAGCUGGCGGAGCACGAGGCGGCCUUCGUGGAGCACCUGAGCGGCCCCUCCCUGUGGGACAGCAUGUACGCCGAGGACGUGGAGGGUAGCCAGCUGUCCCACCUGCCCGGCGUGCGCGAGCUCUUGCAGACCUACAAGGACAAGUUCGUCAUCAUCUGCCUGAACAUCUUCGAGUACGGCCUGAAGCAGCAGAAGAAGCGGAAGGCAGAGCUCGACACCUUCAUGGGGUGUGUCCAGGAGGCCGUCCAGGAAAAGCAGGAGCAGGGCAAGCACAAGAUCGCCAAGUUCGAGGAGAAGCACUUGCUGAGUUUAAGCUCCACCCGAGACGAGUCUGAACUGACCAACUUCGAGAUAAAGAUGGCGGAGUACAGCGAGGACAUCACCGAGCUGGCCAACGUGCUCAUGACGCUGGAGAUGCAGCUGGUGGAGCAGCUGGAGGAGACUAUUAACAUGUUUGAAAGGAACAUCAUCGACUUGGUGGGACUCUUUGUCGAAAACGUCCAAAGCCUGAUGGCUCAGUGCCGGGACCUGGAGAACCACCACCACGAGAAGCUCCUGGAGAUCGCCAUCAGCACCCUGGAGAAGAUAGUCAAGGGCGAGCUGGACGAGGACCUGCCGGACGCCGUGCGCUCGCUCUUUGUCGACAAGGACACGAUCGUUAACGCGGUCGGGGCCUCACACGACAUCCACCUCCUGAAGAUCGACAAUCGGGAGGAUGAGCUGGUGACCAAGGUCAACUCCUGGUGCGCACACCUGGUGGACAAGAUUCACAAGGACGAGAUCAUGAGGAACCGCAGGCGCGUGAAGGAGAUCAACCAGUACAUCGACCACGUGCAGAGCGAGCUGGACAGCCUGGAGUGCAGCGACCUCCUGGACUAGGGCUGCGGCCCAGCCCUCCCCCCCGACCCCCGACCUUCACAGGCAGAGAGAAAUAAAGGACUUUGGUUACCUUUCUCCAUCCUCUGUGUCCACAUCUGAGCAGUUGGCGUCUUCUGAGAGCGACUCCUAGGCUCUCGGCCGCCCCUCCGCGGCGCCCAGGGCAGGCCCUUCCCCAGGUACAGCUCCCAGCACAGCCUGGGGGCCCGGCCAGCCCACCGAGGCGGAGGCCGCGGGGACCCAAGGACCCUCCACAGCUGAGAGCACAGCUGGGCGUCACCCAUGAGGUGGGGAUGUGACAGUACCUCUGGCGAGCACACUCACGGUGUGGGGUGGGGGCUUGUGGUGAGGUGGCCAGGGCCCCCGGAAGGGGGGCGAGCAAGGCCCAGCAGCUCUGAGGCCUUUGUGCCCCAAACUCGCACACUCUUCCUGCUCCUUGA